AGAAAAUGUUCCCUUGUGAGAUUUAUUAUAAAAUUUUUAAUUAUCUUCCAUACAAAACCCUUUAUGGAAGUAUUCGUUUAGUCAAUCGCCAGUUUUCCCAAAUUGCUUCAGAAAUUCUUGAGAAGCAUGAACGUGUAUGGCUCAAGUUUUACAUUGAUUAUCGUAAUGGUAAACACGUAGCACAAUGGUUUCCAAGUCGUGGUAGGUAUUUGCGCCCAGAAGAAAGGCGACCUCUUCCAGAAGGUGAUCCUCCACCUUUUAUUAAAAUUCAAAGGCUUACUAUUUUUGGUCGAAUAACAAAAGAACUUAUUGUGUUUUUAAAUAGAAUUAAAAAGGCUAUGAUUUGUUGUCGAAUUGAUUUUGACAAAGUUGAUGACUUUAUAUUGGAUUUGUUAAGUUUAAAUAUUACUGUGGAUGAUUUCUUUAAUGCUUUUCCCGAAAAAUGCUACAAAAUCUGGAUAGAUAAAAUUAAUUUGUUCAAUUCUGAGUUUCUCUAUUCAAAAUAUGUCUUAAAUUGCGGUGAUUUAUAUAUUCAGAAUUUUAAAGAUUCUAAUUACAAACCUUUAAUAAAUUGGCUGUUUGGUGAACCAAAAAUAGUUAAAUCAAUUAUUUUGCUUGGAUGGUCAAAUGAUAUUGUUUACAAUUUUUUGGAUAAUAUCAAGAAAAGGGCUGUUGAGGAUACCAAUUUUGAUGCAAAUUUCAUUAUUUACUUUUGUUCUCAUGGCAAUACUUUUCUAAAUUUGAAUGAAUUUUCUGUCGAAAAUAAAUUAAAAAUUCAUUAUUUUUCUGAGAAUAAUUUUGUAUUUUACACGGACAAUUCUGACAAUGGAACGGGGAAAAAAGAAGUUUUUGAAGCAAAAAAGGGAUUUAAUGGUUAUAGUAGUGAUGAUAUCUCAAAAUAUGCUACAAUUAUUGAUAUUAAAAUUAAUUUUGGAUGGGAUUCUUAA